AUGUAUGAAUGUAAAGGACUUUUUUAUUGGUUUUAGAAAGAAGAAGCUCAAAAUGUAAUCAAUUGUAAUAAUUACUCUAGUUAUUAAAUAUAAAUUCAAAACACCAAAAUGAGUUGCUUGCUCAUUAAAUUUUCAGGAUUAUUGAAUAAAUCCAUAUUCAUGAAAAAUAAUAUUAGAGUUCUUAUUUUAAUUAGAGAUGUAGAUGGAGUUGUUCCAAUACAGGCACUCUUUAUUGGACUCAUUUAUUUAUUAAUAAUAGAGCUGAAUACAAUAAAACCAUUUUGACCCGAUUAUUUGAUAGAGUUUAAGAUCGAUAUUAUAGGAUUGACCUAUUGUUAGCUUUAGGGAUGCAGGUCAUAAAUUAUUUGUUGAUCGUAGAAUGGAAUCCAAGAUAGUCUUAGAGAAACUCUUAAGUAAGAAUAUUUAUGAGAUUCAAAUCUUUAUUUUAUAUUCUUUUCAAAAAGCUUUAAUUUAUAAAACGUAAGUCCUCAUUAAUAUUUCAAUAAAUAAUGAAUUGUAAAAGCAAGCAUUUUCUUUUUAGUACCGACUAUAAAUUAUAUCUCAAUCCAAAAUAUAUAGUUAUUGGGAAGGUAAGGAUGAAUUUUAUUCUAAAGAGUGAAUAGAACCUAAAGUAUAAAAUUCCUUUGAAUCUUUCAACAAUUAUCAAAUGGAUUUUCAACGGUGAUUCUACAUUCAACGGAUUUUAGUUUUAGUGGAAAAACUCUUGGAAAACUAUUCUGUUAACUCAUGAUCAAACUUUGACUCUUAAGGACAAUCUGGAUGGAAAGGUUACUUAUAGUAACUUAGCUAAAAUGUAUAAUUUGAUCCAUUGCGAGAGAUCAGGCUAUUCUAGCAAAGUAACCUUUUCAGCAAUAUUAGGUUUAUUUAACUUAUUGUUGUGCCAAUCAAAAAAAAUAUUAUAUGUAAAUUUUUCCAAUCUCUGAUUUGACUAAUUAGGUAUUAGACUUUUACUAAGUAGGAAUAUAUAAGAUUAAUACAAAUUAUAAACAUUACUCAUCCAAACAUUCUUAAAUGUGAAGAGUAUUUUGUGGAAGAAAAGAAUUUGUAUAUAGUAACAAAUAUUUUAAAUGGAAGAACGUUAAAGGAAAGGAUAGGUAGUCAGUAUAGGAUGGAACCUUAAGAAAUCAUUUCUAUUAUGAAAACUCUUCUUAAGUUUAUAAACGAUAUGCAUAAGUAAGGUUAUGUAUUUAGAGAAAUCACAUCGACAAAUAUAUUUCUUUAGAGUGAUGGAGAAAUUCUUCUCAUAGAUUUUGAAUUACUAGUAAAAAUUGAAGAAGCCUUCAGAACUAAGGCUGUUUCUAAAGAGAAAGACUUUAUGCAUGAGUUUAAGGAUUCAACCAAAAAUACUCAUGAAGAUUGGGUUGAAAUGGAACGAUUUUGUUAUGAAUAACAUGAUGUUUUGAUUUUAGGAUAUCUAUUAAAGGAAAUGUAUUAAGAAAUUGCAUUUUAGGUUAACUAGUAAAGUCUAACAAUUACACUCCCAAGAAAGGGCAAGGCAACUCACAAUUAAUAAGACUAUUCUAAUUCAUAAAUCACCAAAAUAUUAUUUAUGCUAAUUAUUACAAAGAAUGUUAGAACCAGAUCCAAAGGGGAGGAUAACAAUAUAGAAUGCUAUGUAUUUUUUAGAAGAUAUUGAUUUUGAUGAUAAUAGCUAUGAAGAUUUCCCUGAUACAUCAGAGGAAUAAUAAUUUCAACCAGUCAAAUCAAUUUCAAUAAAGACAUUCCUCGUUUGA